AUGAAUGUGGAUGACUUUCAUCGUCCUGUCCAUGAGGGAUUUUCGACAUCGUCAGUUAAGGAAAAUUCGAUCGCAAUUGAUGACAAUGACGAACAACUGCAGCGGUUUAAACCUCAGCCCACAUCCGUAUUAAUUUCACCGUUCGAAGUGGAAACUGAGAUAAUACCAGGCGUCUUCCACGCUGUUUUCUUACGACGAUUAGAAUGCAUCCAUGCUGCUGAUGCUACGGAUGUUCUACAUGUUGACGGCGACAGUGUUUUGAAUAAAAAACGAACGCCGCGUAUCCGUGUCAUUUCUUCGCGUGCAUAUUAUUAUUGUUUGUUGUUCAAUCGGCCACGUUUUUACGAAUAA